AUGUCUAAACCCAUGAGACGUAAACACGUGUUGCUGGAAGUGUUCCGCCACGGAUUUUCGACACCUUCAGAAGAUCAACGGAUUGUAAAAGUAUUGGCUAGUCGAGGUAAUAAUUUACACGAAGUUGAAGAUUCAGAUGGAAGCAGAUUUCUUGUCACCAUGCCGACAAAAUUUCGCAGAACUAUAUGGAUUAUAAGGGGAGGUUACAUCCUAAUCGAACCAAUACAAGAAGGAAAAAAAGUCAAAGGAAAAAUCGUGAGGAUACUCAACAACGAGCAGAUACAACACUUUAUACAAGAGAACGUGUGGCCCGAUGCAUUUCUUCAUGUAGACAAAAAUGAAAAGGAAAAUAACGAAGAUAUAUUCGUAAAUAGAAACAGACCUGUGAUUAAUAGUGAUACUAGCAGUUCCAGCGAUAGCGAAGAUUCAUCUGGUGAAGAGGACAGUGAACCUGAAUUUGCAAGUAGAAAUAAUAGACUAGUGAUUUAA